UCUCCCUGCGGAAAUGAUUUGUAGCUCAGGGCAUUUUCACGCCCUCUAACGUUGCGUGACAUUCCCGGACACAGGCAUCAUGGCGGCGUCCGCGUUUAGCCCCGUGUUUUCGCCGUUCAUUAGGUUCAAGUGUAAAAGUGGCGCAUUUAACACAGUAGUUGUACUUAACCAAAGAGUCGCGUACUCCAUAGGACUGCCGACUGGAAAUGGCGCUGAGAGCCGAGGUGUGACAGAGAGGGGCAGUCGAGGUGUGAGGAAGCCAAGACGGGAGGCUGGACAACCCCGGACAGAGCGGAUGACGGCAGAUCAGGAUUGGACUGCAGUUUAUCCUACUGCCAAGUCUUUUAAACCUGAUGCUGUACCACUACCAGUACGAAUGGGCUACCCAGUAAAAAGAGGGGUGCCUCCUGAGAAAAAGGGCAAUCUCGAACUUAUUAAGGUUCCGAACUUCUUGCACUUAACCCCAGCUGCCAUCAAGAAACACUGUGAAGCCCUCAAACCAUUCUGUACUGAGUGGCCUGCUGCUCUAGACUCUGAUGAGAAGUGUAAAGAACAUUUCCCCAUCCAGACCCGGACUAAGGAAUACAUGUCUGCUGGACCAUCGCUCAGAAACCCAGACGCUCGAAUCGUCACACUCACGGUAAAGCUGUCCAGUUUGAAUCUUGAUGAUCAUGCCAGGAAGAAAAUGAUCAAACUGUGUGGAAAUCGCUACAACAAAGAAACGGAUGUACUUACUAUCACAACUGACAGUUGUCCACUAAGACAGCAGAACUACGACUACGCCAUGUACCUGCUCACUGUUCUGUACCAUGAGUCCUGGAAAACGGAGGCAUGGGAGAAAGAUAAGACCCGUGCUGACAUGGAGGAGUACGUUUGGGAGGACAGCCCCUCUCAGAAGAAUAUUCUGGAAACAUUGUUGCGCACACAUCCACUUAUUAAGGGGAAGCUUGAGGAUGAAGGAGGAGUGCGGGAGGAGCUGCUGGGGAGGCCAGAGGUGCAGGAGUACAAAAAUUCUGUGACCAAGCUCAAGAACGAAGGAGAGACUGAAAGUAACAUGCAACAGUACAAAGAGGCAGUGAAGAAGCUGCUGAAUAUCUAAAAAAAAAAAUAAAAAUAGUUUCUAAAUGCUAAACAAGUGCAGAUCUAAGAUCACUGGUAUGAAUGCAGUUUUUUUGUACAGUGGUUCUGGCCAUAAAUAAUCACUUUGAGAUUUUUUAUGCAUAUGAACUGAAGAUUGCGUCCAAUCUGCCAAGAAGCUUCACUUCUUACUCUGUGUAUAAUUCUUAGCUAUUGUCGGUGAUGUGAAUGCUUUCUUCUCAACAGCAAAUAAAACCAAGUUCAUGUGAUACAUA